UGAGGGUUCAGAGCAGAACCGGGUCAGGGACAACCCAUGAGAGACCUUAAAACCAGACUCAGCUGGACCAGAAGGACGGGAGAGAACCAGCAAAGGAAGAGGAGGCGGACCAGGGACCCAAAAACCUUCAGAGGGACGAUUUACAGCUGACCUUUAAUGAGUCAAAGGUCAACAGCUGAGCAGGAUCAGCUGAUAUCCUUUGGGCGGAGCCAGACUUCUGUCUGUGUGAUUUCAUGUCUGUCAUAUUCAGGUAGAGCGCCCCCCUGUGCCCACUCUGUGGUCUGAAGAGUAAACCGUGUUGGUCUGUGCUCAGAUGUUUCAUGCCGCCUGUUGUUGUGGUUUCGACAGAGUCCGCCCUCAGAGGGACCCAAACCUUCAGACUCAGUUUCUCUUGAUUCAGACAGAAAAACCAGCAGAACCAGAGCCGGAGGAACAUCUGAGUGAAAACUCUCCGGAGUUCAGACAAUAAAAACAGACUUUAGUUUUGAGGUGAGUCUCUUUUCGGCUGACUUUUCUCACAUCCUCCUUCCCCUCUUCGCGGUUUUCAAACAGGAUGUACUCACCACAUCUGCUGUAGACGGUCAGUGAAGCUCCAGCCUGCACCACCAUGAAAGCGACGCUUCUGUUCCUGUGUGAGUAAAAAACUCUUUAUUCGUGAAACUUCACGUACUUCAGAGCAGAGCGAGCGUUUUUAGAUUUAAAGAUUUACACUUUGACUGUCGUUGGUGAGAGGGAUCUGGUCAAAUGUUCACACACACACACACACACACACACACACACACACUGAGCGCUCUGGUUGUCGUUCCAGUGUCGGUGCUGAGGAUGGACCGGACGUCGGCUCGGACUGCAGGUGAGUUUUUUGUCUUUUUAUCGGUUUUUGAAAGACGAUAAAGUCUUGACCGUUAGACGUGGUCGUAGAAAGUUCUGAUGGUUUAUAGAGGGCGUGGGAGUUCAAAGGUCAGCCUGAGUCUUCCCUGAGGUCCUCAGACCCCAGACUCGUCUCAAACAGUGGGAUUUAAGAGUGUCCUUCAGAAAGACCCUCACAUACGACCCUCAGAGCUGAGACGACUUCCUGUUUCCAUCCGACAUCAUAAACCCGAUCAAAUGAUUGACAUGUAUGAACCACAGACUGUGUCAGAUGUGGGCGGAGCCUCUCUUUACUUUAAACAUCGUAGUUCAGAGACGAUCCGACAGACCUGAGGGCGAACUCAGCUGACUCCGCCUCCGUCAAAAAGGACAGCAGGACUCAUCCGGUGGCGUCCUGACCACAAACAGCCAACAUCACAUGGUCACAUGUUCCAGGGCGCUCAUUUACGACGAAUAAUAGACGUGUGCGAAUUGUCAAAUGUAUUUAGAGUCACAUGUGUGAAUAAAAACGAUCAACAAAUGUUUUUUUCUCCUGUAAAUAUGGUGGUGAAGUUAGUUUCAGGUUGGAUAUAUUUUCCUGUAAAUACGGCGGUGAAGUUAGUUUUAGGUUGGAUAUAUUUUCCUGUAAAUACGGCGGUGAAGUUAGUUUCAGGUUGGAUAUAUUUUCCUGUAAAUACGGCGGUGAAGUUAGUUUCAGGUUGGAUAUAUUUUCCUGUAAAUACGGCGGUGAAGUUAGUUUUAGGUUGGAUAUAUUUUCCUGUAAAUACGGCGGUGAAGUUAGUUUCAGGUUGGAUAUUUUUUCCUGUAAAUACGGCGGUGAAGUUAGUUUUAGGUUGGAUAUAUUUUCCUGUAAAUACGGCGGUGAAGUUAGUUUCAGGUUGGAUAUUUUUUCCUGUAAAUACGGUGGUGAAGUUAGUUUUAGGUUGGAUAUAUUUUCCUGUAAAUACGGUGGUGAAGUUAGUUUUAGGUUGGAUAUAUUUUCCUGUAAAUACGGCGGUGAAGUUAGUUUCAGGUUGGAUAUAUUUUCCUGUAAAUACGGUGGUGAAGUUAGUUUUAGGUUGGAUAUAUUCUCCUGUAAAUACGGCGGUGAAGUUAGUUUUAGGUUGGAUAUAUUUUCCUGUAAAUACGGCGGUGAAGUUAGUUUCAGGUUGGAUAUAUUUUCCUGUAAAUAUGGCGGUGAAGUUAGUUUUAGGUUGGAUAUAUUUUCCUGUAAAUACGGCGGUGAAGUUAGUUUUAGGUUGGAUAUAUUUUCCUGUAAAUACGGCGGUGAAGUUAGUUUCAGGUUGGAUAUAUUUUCCUGUAAAUACGGCGGUGAAGUUAGUUUCAGGUUGGAUAUAUUUUCCUGUAAAUACAGCGGUGAAGUUAGUUUUAGGUUGGAUAUCUGACGGACAUUCUCUGAGGAUCUACCGGUGUCUUCUCACUCUCCAUAACCAGGAAUAACAACAGCAGCGCGGUUAAAUCUACUCGACACCCACACUGUCAAUGUCGGUGUUGAAUAAGGGACCGUCAAUAAAUUACCGGUUGAUGUUCUCAGAAAAGGCUGUUUUCCUUCAAUAGCUUCACUGUCAUGUGACCAAAAGACCUGAAAUUGAUUUCUAAUAAUAGUACUAAGGUCGAUCAAUUAGACAAACAUUAUUGAUCAGUUUUCAUUGAAGUUUUGUGUGUGUUCCUUACUUUUUUAACUCAGGAGAACAUGUGAACAGAGUUAGUGUCGAUCCCUGGUGUUAGUGUCGGGUCCAGGGGUGAGGACUCCAAAUCCAGGACCUGGACUUGAGUCCUAAAUUUGAGGACAAUUUGAGAUCAUGAUGAAGGAUCCAGAACCUCUAACUGGUCUUCUGUCUCCGUUCCAGCCCCCGUCACGGUCUCUCCGAACCUCUCUCAGUUUUUCGAGUACAUGAACGUCUCCAUUGGCUGUGAUCAGCUAGGCUCCCCUGAUUGGACAGUGUGGAGAUACACAAAGAGGUGAGUUUUUCUUACCCACAAUCCUCAGAGUCCUUAGCCCCUCAGAUGAAGAUCCAAACCCCAGACUGACAGAAACCAUCAUGGAAACUUCUUUCAGUUAAUAUUUAAAACCUUCGACUCUCUGGAUGUUGAUGGUCAAAUGUUCUGAUAUAGUUUUAUACAUAAUCUGUAACAAACUGAAAUCUUUGAACUCACUGACUUUCAACAACUGCAGGUUAACAAGUCAUGGGUUUGGACUCUGUAUUGACUAAUCACUGUUUUUUCUCUGUUUUGUAAAAUAAAAAUUGUCUGGAUGUAAAUUUUACGCACACUUCCCCACAGUAACUCAGAUAUGGAACAAUAAUCCAAUCAAAAAGAGGUACAAAGCUUUAUUAUUAUCAAAGUAGUUCUUUACUUUGUUUAUCGUUUUUGCUAUUUUCACUUUUAUUCCAUUAUUUUGUGAUUUCCAGUCAAUUUAUCAUCAAUAAUAUCACCUAAAAAUGUUAUUUCAUUUACUUUAUCAAUGUUUACUGUAGCAUCGAUGUUUUUACCUUUAAGACCCAACAGUAUAAAGUUUUUAUUUUUGUUCAAUAUUUAAGGAUAAUAAUAUAAAUAAUAAUAUUAUAUACAGAGAAUAAAAAUAUAAAAUGAAUUUAAAUAAAAAAUAUAAAUAGAUAUAUAAAUAAAAAUUCAUUAUAAAUAUAAAUAAAAAAAUAUAGACAUAUAAAUAAAACUAUAAUAUGAAUAUAAAUAAAUAAAAAUAGAUAUAUAAAUAAAACUAUAAUAUGAAUAUAAAUAAUAACAUUAAAUAUAAUGAAUAAAAAAUAUAAUAUAAAUACAAAUAAAUAUAAAUAGAUAUAAAUAAUAAUAUCAUAAUAUAAAUAAAUACAAAUAAAUAAAUAUAAAUAAAAUAGAUUUAUAAAUAAAAAUCUAAUAUGAAUUUUAAUAUUCAAAUUUAUUGACAUUAAACCAGAGUCUUAUUUUUGUCAUUUCUUUUCCAACCACCUCCGACACACAUUCUAGAUUUUCUCCAGUAUAAAAACCAUCACUGAUCAUCAUUGAUCAUCCAUCCAUUGAUUGGACUUUUAUCAACACAGAGAUGAAAAACUAUCGUGUGAUGGAAUCAUGUGGUCUGCUGGUUUUUCCAGUCCAGAAUCUAUUUUGUCCUCCUGUGGUUCGGGUUGGGGACAGAAGACGUCCUCUGGCUGCAACAUCAACACCACCAAAGUGUCGGACAGCGGCGUUUACUGGUGUGAGUCCAAACACCGGGUCAGCAGCCGCGCCGUCAACAUUACCGUCACAGGUGAGAACCAGAAAAAACUCUCUUUAGGAGAAACCAGGUCUGACCGGACUCACAGGGGACUCUGUGUGUCCCCCUGUGAUGGUCUGUCUGUUUUAAGAUUUCGACAGGCGACUCUGUGAUUCAUCCGUGUGAGGAAGUGAACCGUGGUCAGGACCGUGACUCAGACCAGAGCAGGAAACCCUGACUGUCAGAGACUCCAGGACUUAGUCGAGACCCCUGCAGAGUCUUGAGGACAGGUUCUGUUGUUGUUUUGGUGUCCAGGUCAUGAUAGAAGUUCCUGUUAGAACCUGUGGCUGUGCCGGUCUACAGUCCUGCCCCCCUGAUGUGUCGAGGGCCCUUCAGAUACGGAUACGACCUUUUAGUAGACGUUCAGGAUGAAGGUGGAAGUUGGGGGUAACUCUCUUUUGGAAAGGACAGUUGGACUUACUUGAGACGUUUCGCCUCUUAGGUGAAACGUCUCAAGUAAGUCCAACUGUCCUUUCAACAAAGACUUGGAAAUCAUAGAUGCUGCAUCUCCAGGUUUAGGAGCAACAUCUGCGUCCAUCCAGACAAAGACUUCUUCAGGGACGACCUUCAGAUGAUCCCAAACUAGAUUCUGACAACAGUUGAAAUGUGGAAUGUCGAACUCUUUGUUGUCUUUGUUUCUGUCAGUCCUGGUGAUCCUGCAGGGUCCGGUCCAUCCUGUGAUGGAGGGAGAUGACGUCACUCUGAACUGUUCAUCCAAGGGGUCCAGAACCGCGGCUGAUUUCUACAGAGGCAACUCUUUGAUCAGAACCGAGCCCACAGGCCUCAUGACCAUCCAGAACGUCUCCAAGGCCCAUGAAGGCGCCUACAAAUGUCGAAUCAACGACAUGAAGGAUUCCGAGCCCAGCUGGCUGCUGAUGGAAGGUGGAGUAAAGCUUCAGGGACUGGUUUUUCUUUCGUGUUUGAGUUUCGAACAAAGAUCUUGAUCAUUUGUUGCUGUGUUCAUGUUCUUCAUCUGACCUGUGGAGGUUCUCUGCUAGGGUGUGGUAGGACAGUCAUAGACGUCCUGUAGCUGACCACAGAUCAGAGGGGGCGCUGUUGUGCUGGUAUACCUGACUUUGUCCUGAAGGUCUUUGUCCUCUCCUAUAGACGGGUCAGGACCGGUCUCGCUCUCCGUGUCCCCGGACUCCUCGCAUACCUUUGAGUAUGAAAACUUGACGCUGAGCUGUGGGAAGGACAGCAGGUCUCGUGGCUGGAGGGUCAUCAGGGCCAGCUACCCCAAGUUAAAGCUGUCCACCUGUGGAAACGGGUGGGGGUAUCCCACUGGUUCUGGCUGCUUCUUCAACACCACCAAAAAGUCAGACAGCGCCAUCUACUGGUGUGAGUCUCCAAGGAAGCAGCGGAGCAACUCUGUCGACAUCACCGUCCACGGUAACGCAACAGCAGGUCUCCGAUUAGAGACAGGGAGAUCUGAGCUUCCUGUCUCUGACCAGCAGGUGGAGCUGUGACCACAGAGCACUAAUGAUACUAAGAUGUUCAGACCAAGAGUCUCCGAUCAUACUCAUGACGUUAGAGACCGUUCAAACCCGGUACCUUAGUUUCAUGGUAACUUCCUGUUACAGGGCGAGACAUCAAACUUUGACAAGCUGCAGCAGCCACACCCUAAAACCUCAAACCCUGACCCUCAAUCCCUGACCCUCAAACCCUGACCCUCAAACCCUGACCCUCAAACCUGUGAUUUUCCUAAAGGUCUCCUCUGGUGUUUUUACCAAAUAAGGAGAGGAUUACCAGGCCAGUCCAUUACGGACUACAGUGGGGUGACACAGCUCAAGGAAGAACAUUUAGAAAUGAUCAUAAAUGUUCUUCCUUGAGCUGUGUCACCCCGCUGUAGUCCGUAAUGGACUGGCCUGAGGUCUCUCUACAAACAAGCGUCUGCUGGAAGAGAGUAGGUGAGUUGUGUUUAGUCUCUUUGUUAAAGAAAUGAGUCAAAGUUAAAAAGAUGUUUGGUGUCUAGUACUAUGUCUGUGACCCUAUAUGUACUAACCUCAGUAGAACAUGGUGUAGUUCCGUUCAGUAACAGAACCUCAUUGGAAAAUUAGCUGAUUUAACUUUACUGUGCUCUUGUUCAAAUAUAUUAACUCGACAGCACAUAAAUCCAUACCUGUUAACAAAAUCAUGAUUUUAUUGAUAAUUCGGCUCAAUAAAAACACCUUUACCUUUUCAUUUUACUACAGUAGAAGUUUAUUGGCCCAGAUUAUAGACUACAGAGGUGGAGAAACGCCCCCGCUUAAGUUCAUGUUUUCUGAAUCUAGUACUAUGUCUGUGACCCUAUAUGUCCUGUUGAUGAAGUUAGGUGCUGUUCUGAGCAUUAUUUGUGUCUAUAGAGUGGCGUUUUGGUUGGGGGCGUGGCUCUCUGUAUUUCUAUCCUGCGGUCGUUACUAAAGUUGGUAUAACUAGAGAAGGAAGCGGUCGACAACAUUCAUCACUGGGGGCGGGGUCUGACUCGGUGUUUGACCCUACAUUAAUUUUACGUCGGAAUAUCCCUUCAAGCCUGGAGUUUCAUGUGGCCACCAGGUGGUGCUAUGACUGUGAUGACAAAUAUGAAGUUUCUGGACAUUGGAGUGUUUAGACCGUUUGAGUUUCUCACUGUAAGUUCAGAAGUUUUUUCAGUAGGACAGGAGUGAGGAGUCAGGCAGUCCCCCCUGCUGUGAAAUCUGUCCUCAGACUCUCAGGUACGUCCUCUGUCUCUGGGAGAAACCCUGUCCUGUCCUCUUCUCUAACACCAUCUGUCUUCUCCUCUUUUGUCUCCAGGUCCGGAAAAAGACGUGGUCCUGCAGAGUCCGGUCCUUCCUGUGACAGUUGGAGACAACGUCACUCUGAGCUGUAGAACCAGGACCUCCACCAAACACCACGCUGAGUUUUAUAACGGCGAAAACAACGUUGGGACUGGACCUGCAGGUCACAUGACCAUCCCCAGUGUUUCCUUGUCUGCUGAGGGCCAGUACUGGUGUAAGGUCAAAGAUCAUAAAAAGUCUCCGCCCAGCUGGCUGUUCGUCAGAGGUGAGUGAAGAGAAACCGUCCUCCACAGCCGAUCGCUCCUUUUUUCACUCUUUCACUUUAUUUAAAAAAAAAACAAAAACGAAGACGAGGACGAUUUUCAAAACGUCACAGAAACUCUUAAAGGAAGUGAAACAAACGAAAAAGAAAAACCUGGAGGAUCACUGAAGACCAACACCCUCUACUGGACACUUCAAGACCUGCACUUUCCAGCACCACCGUGAUCGGUCUCCUCAUUGGUCAGCAGAGAUGUCAAUCAUAACGUGAUCGCUCGAACCAUGUGACCGGUGUUGGGCAUCGAGUCUCGAGCCCUGAUGGGGACCGGGACAUGAUUAGGGGAAGGUCCCGCCUCCUUCGCCUCUGAUUGGGUGGGAAAUCUGGGCUGUGAAACGUCAUCACACGCUCCAGCCGAGCGCCGGUUCUGUACAUCGAGCAGAACAUUAUCGCAAAUCUGACGCUGUGUUUGAGUUUCCUCGGAGCCGAAAAUGACGUCACACCCGAGCUCCCAGCGUUUCAGUCACCAGGUCGGAAAAAAGCGAAAUCGGAGGCCUGAAACAAAAUGGCUACAUCUACGAAAGUUAUUUUGGCGCUCCUCUUUGCCGACUUUGUGGCGUUAUUUUCAGCUCCGACAUCUGACUUCAGAGGUAACUCAAACGCAGCAUCAGUUGCCGAGUCGGAAAAAAGCGAAAUCGGAGGCCUGAAACAAGAUGGUUGUAUCUCCGAAGUUUUAUUUUGGCGCAUGUCUUAUGUUCGGACAAGGCUAGCGCUAAAAUAACUUUCGUAGAUGUAGCCAUCUUGUUUCCGACUUGGUAACUGAAACGCUGGGAACAUUUUCAGUGACAUCUGACUUCAGAGGAAACUAGAACGCAGCAUCAGCCACAAGGACUAACCAAUUGGAGCCCAGCGCUUCUAGCCAAUCAGAGGUGAAGGAGGCGGGACCUCCCCCGUUACUAACAUUCUGAUUCUCCUGGUACCGUUCAAAUUUUAAAAUUUCGAUUUCCAAGUUUCGAUGCCGGAGUUUUCCGACCGGAAGACAUAGCUGCCGAACACCAACGAGGAAGAUUCCACUGAACACUGACGAAGAAGCGGACCGGAACAGGAAUGGAAACGAGGAAUCGGAAUCGGAAUCGUUCAAAAUCAAACGAUGCCUAACUGUACUUGUACUCGCAGUUGUGUUUGUUCCUACAGAUCCAAACCUUCAGCUCCAGUCCACUCGGCCUCUACCCGCCGUGAUACCUAAACUCGUGGUGGUGAUCCUCUUCCUCAUCUGUACAGUCCUCACCGUGAGGUCAUGGAAAUCACAGCAUUACCGACUCGGACCGCCAGGUAACGCUCACCUGAACAACCAAUCACAAAACAAUACAGGAACCAAAACGGCUAACAUGUGAGCGAUCUUUAGCAUGUGAGCGAUCUUUAGCAUGUGAGCGAUCUUUAGCAUGUUAGCGAUCUUUAGCAUGUCAGCGAUCUUUAGCAUGUCAGCAAUCUUUAGCAUGUUAGCGAUCUUAAGCAUGUUAGCGAUCUUUAGCAUGUGAGCGAUCUUUAGCAUGUGAGCGAGCUUUAGCAUGUGAGCGAUCUUUAGCAUGUUAGCGAUCUUUAGCAUGUGAGCGAUCUUUAGCAUGUGAGCGAGCUUUAGCAUGUGAGCGAUCUUUAGCAUGUUAGCGAUCUUUAGCAUGUUAGCGAUCUUUAGCAUGUUAGCAAUCUUUAGCAUGUGAGCGAUCUUUAGCAUGUGAGCGAUCUUUAGCAUGUGAGCGAUCUUUAGCAUGUUAGCGAUCUUUAGCAUGUCAGCAAUCUUUAGCAUGUUAGCGAUCUUUAGCAUGUGAGCGAUCUUUAGCAUUUUAGCGAUCUUUAGCAUAUUAGCGAUCUUUAGCAUGUUAGCGAUCUUUAGCAUGUGAGCGAUCUUUAGCAUGUGAGCGAGCUUUAGCAUGUUAGCGAUCUUUAGCAUGUGAGCGAUCUUUAGCAUGUUAGCGAUCUUUAGCAUGUGAGCGAUCUUUAGCAUGUUAGCGAUCUUUAGCAUGUUAGCAAUCUUUAGCAUGUUAGCGAUCUUUGGCAUGUGAGCGAUCUUUAGCAUGUGAGCAAUCUUUAGCAUGUUAGCGAUCUUUAGCAUGUGAGCGAUCUUUAGCAUGUGAGCGAUCUUUAGCAUGUUAGCGAUCUUUAGCAUGUCAGCGAUCUUUAACAUGUCAGCAAUCUUUAGCAUGUUAGCUAUCUUAAGCAUGUUAGCGAUCGUUAGCAUGUGAGCGAUCUUUAGCAUGUGAGCGAGCUUUAGCAUGUGAGCGAUCUUUAGCAUGUUAGCGAUCUUUAGCAUGUGAGCGAUCUUUAGCAUGUGAGCGAGCUUUAGCAUGUGAGCGAUCUUUAGCAUGUUAGCGAUCUUUAGCAUGUUAGCGAUCUUUAGCAUGUCAGCGAUCUUUAGCAUGUUAGCAAUCUUUAGCAUGUGAGCGAUCUUUAGCAUGUGAGCGAUCUUUAGCAUGUGAGCGAUCUUUAGCAUGUUAGCGAUCUUUAGCAUGUUAGCGAUCUUUAGCAUGUCAGCAAUCUUUAGCAUGUUAGCGAUCUUUAGCAUGUGAGCGAUCUUUAGCAUUUUAGCGAUCUUUAGCAUAUUAGCGAUCUUUAGCAUGUUAGCGAUCUUUAGCAUGUGAGCGAUCUUUAGCAUGUGAGCGAGCUUUAGCAUGUGAGCGAUCUUUAGCAUGUUAGCGAUCUUUAGCAUGUGAGCGAUCUUUAGCAUGUUAGCGAUCUUUAGCAUGUGAGCGAUCUUUAGCAUGUUAGCGAUCUUUAGCAUGUUAGCAAUCUUUAGCAUGUUAGCGAUCUUUGGCAUGUGAGCGAUCUUUAGCAUGUGAGCAAUCUUUAGCAUGUUAGCGAUCUUUAGCAUGUCAGCGAUCUUUAGCAUGUCAGCGAUCUUUAGCAUGUGAGCAAUCUUUAGCAUGUUAGCGAUCUUUAGCAUGUUAGCGAUCUUUAGCAUGUUAGCGAUCUUUAGCAUGUGAGCGAUCUUUAGCAUGUGAGCGAUCUUUAGCAUGUUAGCGAUCUUUAGCAUGUUAUCGAAAAAUUUCCCAGUAAAUGACAGUUUAUGAUCCUAACUCAGCAGCAGCGCCUCCUAGAGGUUUGAGACAAAAACAGGAUCCUUCAAAACUGUUCUGAUAUAAAAAAAAACAGGAGCUUUAAAAUCCUCAUUCACCUGUCUGUAAUCUGAGUGAACCUGUCUGUAGUUUGUCUGUAAUCUGAGUGAACCUGUCUGUAGUUGGUCUGUAGUCUGAGUGAACCUGUCUGUAGUUGGUCUGUAAUCUGAGUGAACCUGUGUGUAGUUUGUCUGUAAUCUGAGUGAACCUGUCUGUAGUUGGUCUGUAAUCUGAGUGAACCUGUCUGUAGUUUGUCUGUAAUCUGAGUGAACCUGUCUGUAGUUUGUCUCGUUUAUCUGUAUUUUUCUGUAGUUUGUCGGUAGUCUGUGUUUAUCAUAUACCUGUAGUAUGUCUGUAGUCUGUCUGUAUCUGCCUGUAGUUUGUCUGUAGUCUGUCUGUAUCUGCCUGUAGUUUGUCUGUAGUCUGUCUGUAUCUGCCUGUAGUUUGUCUGUAGUCUGUCUGUAUCUGCCUGUAGUUUGUCUGUAUCUGUCUGUAGUUUGUCUGUAUCUGCCUGUAGUUUGUCUGUAGUUUGUCUGUAUCUGUCUGUAGUUUGUCUGUAGUUUCUCUGUAUCUGUCUGUAGUUUUCUAUCAGUCUGUAGUUUGUCUGUAGUCUGCGUAGGUCUGUCUGUAGUUUGUCUGUAGUCUUUCUAAAGUCUGUAGUUUGUCUGUAUUCUGUAUAGGUCAGUCUUUAGCGUCUGUAGUCUGUUUGAAGUCUGUUGUGUGUCUGUGGUUUGUCUGUAGUCUGUAAAUAUCCUCUCAUGGUUCUGAAAGUCAGAGAAGAACCAAAACAGACUUGGUAUAAAUAUAUUGAACUCUAAUAUUUGAACAGUUCUGAUUGAUUAUUGAUCAGGCGUCUGUGAUGGUUGAAUUUGAACAGUUCUGAUUGAUUAUUGAUCAGGUGUCUGUGAUGGUUGAAUUUGAACAGUUCUGAUUGAUUAUUGAUCAGGUGUCUGUGAUGGUUAUAUUUGAACAGUUCUGAUUGAUUAUUGAUUAGGCGUGUGUGAUGGUUGAAUUUGAACAGUUCUGAUUGAUUAUUGAUCAGGCGUCUGUGAUGGUUGAAUUUGAACAGUUCUGAUUGAUUAUUGAUCAGGUGUCUGUGAUGGUUGAAUUUGAACAGUUCUGAUUGAUUAUUGAUCAGGUGUCUGUGAUGGUUGAAUUUGAACAGUUCUGAUUGAUUAUUGAUCAGGCGUCUGUGAUGGUUAUAUUUGAACAGUUCUGAUUGAUUAUUGAUCAGGCGUCUGUGAUGGUUAUAUUUGAACAGUUCUGAUUGAUUAUUGAUCAGGUGUCUGUGAUGGUUAUAUUUGAACAGUUCUGAUUGAUUAUUGAUCAGGUGUCUGUGAUGGUUGAAUUUGAACAGUUCUGAUUGAUUAUUGAUCAGGUGUCUGUGAUGGUUAUAUUUGAACAGUUCUGAUUGAUUAUUGAUCAGGCGUCUGUGAUGGUUGAAUUUGAACAGUUCUGAUUGAUUAUUGAUCAGGCGUCUGUGAUGGUUGAAUUUGAACAGUUCUGAUUGAUUAUUGAUCAGGUGUCUGUGAUGGUUAUAUUUGAAUAGUUCUGAUUGAUUAUUGAUCAGGUGUCUGUGAUGGUUGAAUUUGAACAGUUCUGAUUGAUUAUUGAUCAGGCGUCUGUGAUGGUUGAAUUUGAACAGUUCUGAUUGAUUAUUGAUCAGGCGUCUGUGAUGGUUGAAUUUGAACAGUUCUGAUUGAUUAUUGAUCAGGCGUCUGUGAUGGUUGAAUUUGAACUCUAACUCUUCUUCUGCUGUCUGAUCGUCACAGGGAGAACCAGACCCGUUAUGAUCCCCCUGUCCCCGCCUCUCGAGGAUCCUCCUGGAUUGGACGACCCGUAUGAUGAUGUCAUGGCCGACAUUACCACGGAGCAUCAUUUCUGAGCGACCAUUUUGUUUUUCUGUUUGAUAUUUGUGGU